UUCAAUGAUAUCCAUCACAUUUUGAAAGUUAAUUUGAAUUUAAGAAAUGGUCUUUGCAGCUGUUGCUAAAUAUCAGCUGACAGCACUUAUAGAAUUUACAGAAAUGGCGCAGCAGUGACAUUUGCACGAUCUUGGCACGAAUUGUUUUGUUUUGGCCAGUGAUUUUGGUAUUACAAAUCGCCGUGCGCAGUGGCUUUGUGUGUAAUGGUGGUGAUGGUUGCCUUGCCCAAGGCUAUUUAGCCUUGCCUGUGCUCGUUUAUUACUAAAAUCAGUUGGGUGUGAGACAUUUCAAUCUCUCCCUCUAAUCAGCCAUCAUGGGUGCGGUGCUUGGGCUUUGCACAGCCUCACAGCUGGCCUGCUGCUGUGGCUCUGCGGCAUGCAGUCUGUGCUGCUCAGCAUGUCCAUCAUGUGCCAACUCAACCAGCUCCCGCAUCAUGUACGCCUUGAUGCUUCUGGCAGUCACUGUGCUGUCUUGCAUUCUGCUGGCUCCCGGACUUCAGGACACCAUGCAAAAGGUUCCGUUCUGCAACGACCACGCUCCGGGGGCGGUGAAGCUCGACUGCAGCACGGCCGUCGGCUACAUGGCCGUCUACCGGGUCUGCUUCGUCGCCACCCUGUUCUUCGGCCUGAUGGCGCUCGUCAUGAUCAACGUCAAGUCGUCCAAGGACGGCCGAGCCGGUGUACAGAACGGAUUUUGGGCCAUUAAAUACCUACUGCUGAUUGGUGGCAUCGUCGGCUCGUUCUUCAUCCCAGCCGGCAGCCUCAACUGGUGGAUGUACUUUGGCAUGAUCGGCGGCUUCAUCUUCAUCCUGAUUCAGCUGGUGCUUAUCAUAGACUUUGCCCACUCCUGGGCCGACAACUGGGUGUCCCGGUACGAGGAGACUGAGUCGAAGGGCUGGUACUGCGCGCUGCUGUUCUGCACGUUCCUCCAGUACGCGCUGGCCAUCACUGCCGUCGGCCUGUUCUUCGCCUUCUACGCACGACCGGACGGCUGCGGCACCCACAAGUUCUUCAUCAGCUUCAACCUGAUCCUCUGCGUGGCGGUCUCGGUGCUGUCGGUGCUGCCGAAGGUGCAGGAGGCGCAGCCGCGCUCUGGCCUGCUGCAGUCGGCCGCCGUCACCCUGUACACCAUGUACCUGACCUGGAGCGCCAUGGCCAACCAGCCCGAUGGCAGCUGCAAGCCGCAUCUGAACGCAGUGAUCUCUGGUGACACCGGUGCCGCCCCGGCUCCCGACCAGCUGCCCGGCUUCGACGCCCAGUCGAUCGUCGGCCUGAUCAUCUGGCUCGUCUGCGUCCUCUACUCCAGCAUCCGCACGGCCUCCUCGUCUCAGCACGCCAAGCUGACGGGUUCCGACAAGAUUCUGCUCAAGGAGGACACCAAGACACUCGCCAAUCCGAGCGACGCCAGCACUCUGGUGGAUGCUGAAGGCGGCAGCAGCGGCGCCGAGCGGGAGCGUCCCGGUGUCUGGGACAACGAGGAGGACUCGGUGGCCUACAGCUGGUCCUUCUUUCACCUGAUGUUUGCACUGGCCACCCUCUACGUCAUGAUGACGCUCACCAACUGGUACUCGCCGAACUCGGACCUGCGCUCGCUCUCCAACAACGCCGCCUCCAUGUGGGUGAAGAUCAUCUCUUCGUGGCUGUGCCUGGCGCUGUACGCCUGGUCGCUGGUGGCGCCGCUCAUACUCACCAACCGCGAGUUCAACUGAGCGCAGAGCCGAUAGAUGGCAGGCAGCGCGGCCGGCGGACGGAGGGGAGGGAUGGCGCUCCAACACUCCACCGAGAUGGGAGACAACUCCCUGCGUGGGUAAUGUUUAGCUUAGUUGGUGUGUGCAGCUUACUAGUACUCGACUGUGAGCGGCGGCUAGGUGGGCAGUUAUUGGACUUUUCUUUUAUCGUAAGCCUUGUGCUUCAUUGGAUAGACGUUUUCUGUAAUGUCGAUAUUACACCAAUCGAUAUAAGCUCAGGCAAUUGCUGAACUGUCGAUCUGCUAUCGGAAUCAUUUACUGCACAUUGCACCUCGUAUAAGCAACCCAUGAGAUAGUGGUGUAUCCUUGAUAAGCCGUUGGAGAUUACUAAUGUAACGAUUUACUCCCAACAGGUGGCUAGUCAGUGUUCAGCUGAUUUUGUUGUUUGGUUGUUUGGUUAUUUUUCAGUUCAGUAUCACUUAUCAGCAGUUAACUUGUGAGAUAUUCUUUGUCUUGUGCUUUUACUCUGAUGCUAUCUAUCGUAGUACUUAUCGAGCAGUUUAUCCGUUUCACCACACUAUUUUGAGAGGCCUGGUGGUGAUCUGAUGUGAACUAACCCGUGGCAUGGCCUGCCACUUGAUGUAGCUUUUGAUUUGUGACGCGGCAGGCUCCCUUGCCGCCGAUGGAAACUCUUAUUUUUGUCGCUCACGUUGGCCGCAUUUAGCCGUCGAGACGAACAUUGAGAGUCACCGGUCGCAGUGCCGUCAGUCCGUCUCCCAGCCUGCACUUAGGUAACGUUGGGCGCCUGCCUACUUUGAUUUUCCUGUGAUAUUCCCGCGCACUGGAUGUAUAUUGUAGACUCCACUGUGCGCUCAGUCCGGUCAGGGACACAUCUAUGGCACGGAAUCGUUCGUAGCUGCCCCUGACCCGGUGCCUCAGCGUGGAGGUGCUAAGGUACUCCCUUUAGACGUAGUGUUUGGUGUCCUGCACCGGCGCAGCUCAGACGAAUCUUGCGCGGCGUAGUUUAAAGGGACUAUCCCACCUUUAACAUGGGGUUUGAGUUGAGAUAGCCAAGUUUGCGGCGAGGUUCAGAAACCACUAUCUAUCUAGGUUGCAACCCCCGCGGCCUCUUGGUGUUGAAGAAAUGCGUUCCCUUCAUUUGAAAAUGGGCCUUGUACAAGGCCCUAUCUUCAACAUGGAGCGACUGUUAGUGUGACGUCACCUCGUUUAGUCAUUCUGAUUUAAAUGGGUUUGUUCGUUGAAAAAUCGCUUAAAACUUGGUCUGAACUUUGUUGUGGUGCCUACAGAGUAAAAAGAAUCAGCGUUAUGACAGUAAUGUGGCCUGGGGAAGGAGGUAAUUUUGGGCUGUGACGUCACAUAGUUGAAAGUUUGUGUUUGAAAUAUGGGAAGCCUAAGAUGUUUAAUGAAAAAUAAAUGCCAGAACCGUGUUCCUGGUCAUCCAAUCUAUAAAGUCGGGCACAAUUUAACUGGUUUUAACAACAUUUUAGAAGGUGGGAUAGUCCCUUUAAUGCGUUAUUGAAUGUGAGAUGGGAAAGACCCAGUUUCGUUCUUUCGCUUGUGUUGGUUUAACUGUACACCGCAUUAUGCUGUGGUAAUAAUAUAUCUACGAACUCAAAA